UGGACCUGGACCUGGAGCUGGAGCUGGAGCUCUAUAGGUAGGUAGGUAGGCAGGUUGGUUGGCAGGGUUCGCAUGGGAUCCGCUUCUGCUCUCCUGUUGGUGUUGCUCGCCUGCUCAUCUUCCACCCCCGCGUGAGCGAGCGUCACCCAUCCAUCCAUCCAUGGUGAUGGCCAGCGCCGGCGUCAACAACAUGCCCGAGGGGCCCAUCGAUUCCGACGAAUGCCGACUGCGCCGACGGAGGCUCGAACCGCGCCGCUACGUCCACGCCGCCAGCGCCUCCUCCUCCUCCUCCGCGCCGGCCCCCGCCCCCGCUCCCGAGGAAGGGGAAGCAGUGCAGCCGUCCUCGUCCGCGUCCUCCGAGGGCUCGGGCACGGGCUCAGAGGAACGACUCCAGCUCCCGCAGGUGCAGGUGCAGGUGCAGGGCGAGGCCUCCGGCGCGGCGCCCCAGCUGCUGCCACCGUCCAAGGCCAACUCCAACUCCAAGGUGCAGGUGCAGUGGCCCGUGGCGUUCGGGUCGGUGGCGCUGGCGGGGCGGCUGAGGGAGAUGGAGGACACGGUGUCCGUUCGUCCGUCCUUGUGCGCCUGGGCCGACGGCUCCCCCAUGCACUUCUUCGCCGUCUUCGACGGCCACGGCGGCCCACACCUGUUGAGUGCUUCUAGAGGACCUCCAUGCCAUCCACCUGGCCACUCUCCAGCAGCUUCCAAUCCACCUCCACCUCGACACGCCGCUGCGCUGUGCAGGGAGCAGAUGCACACCAUCCUGGCGGAGGAGCUGGCCGGCGCCGCGGCAGCCUUCAACAACGACGACGACGACGACCGGCAGUCGGAGAUUGUUGCUUGGCGUGGGGCUCUUUGGAGGAGCUUCGCGCGGGCCGACGGUCUGGCGGGGUUGGCGUGCGCGUGCGGGCGUGGGAGCGUGCCGUCCUGCUCCUGCCCGCUCUCUGGGGCGCACAAGGGCGCCAUCGUGGGGUCGACGGCCGUCGUGGCGCUGCUGGUCCGGGACCGCCUCAUCGUCGCCAACUGCGGCGACUCCCGCGCCGUGCUGUCCCGUGCCGGCGUCGCCGUGCCGCUCUCCCACGACCACAAGCCGGACCGGCCGGACGAGAUGGCACGGAUCAAGGCGGCCGGCGGCAAGGUCAUCUUCAUCAACGGCGCACGCGUCCGAGGCAUCCUCGCCAUGUCCAGAGCACUAGGGCACAAGGUCCUAAAGCCUGAAGUGAUAUGUGAGCCAGAAAUCAGCAUAACCGAGAGGUCGGAGGACGACGACUGCCUGAUCCUUGCGAGCGAUGGGCUGUGGGACGUGAUCUCCAACAAGGUGGCCUGCGACGUCGCCCGACAAUGCCUGGAAGACGGGAGCCCGACGAGAGCUCCUGCAGCCGGUGCUCCCACCGCACCGGCAAUUUCCCAGGAGGAAGAGCCCCGGUGCUUCCGUGCCGCGGCACUCCUCGCGAGGCUCGCCCUCGGCAGGGAGAGCUCUGAUAACAUUAGUGUGGUCGUGGUUGAUUUGAAGGCAAGGGGUUAGCUAGGCCUAGGCAGACCAUAUCUCCUUUGCAACUUAGACUUGGUAGCUAGCUCUCU